AUGAUUUAGCAAAUAAAUUUAAAGUUCAAAUGUUAACAAGAUGAUCAUAAGGAUGAGAUAGACACAGUUUGUUAUAACUAGUUUUGUACAGAAUUUAGAUUAAAUUGCUUUAAAUGUAUUAAGAAAGGUAAAAUUCAUAAUGAUCAUUUUGAUGAUGUUGAAAAAAUUAAUACCAUUAUGGAUUUUAUUGAGAAUAAAAAUAUAGAAUGUGAUAAUUUGAUUAAUGAUCUUAAUAAAUUAGUAGAGAGUAUGAAUCAAUCAUUUUCUUAAUUAAAAAUGGGAAUCAGAUUUAAAUAUUCAUUAUAAAAGGAAAGAUUAGAACAUUUGAAUUCAUU